AUGACGACCGUGUUCACAAGAAAUGCGCUAUCAGCGCGCUUCCUGUCCGUUCAUCGACAGAACCUCGCGGUUUCUUCUCGGCAUAUUCACUCUUCGCUCUUGAGGGCCGCUGUUGCGCACCCUCUUACGGCUCAUGGUCCGCCGCCUAAGGCUCCUGCAGCUUCGCCUGUCUUGGCGGAGACCAACGAGACACAGACUUUGUCGACGUCGACGCUAGGUGCACAGGAUGUGUCGCAAGUGAAAAAGCCGUCGCCGUUGAAGAAGCGCUUCUGGAAGGAUGUUCAUGUGCAUGGCAAGACUGGUGAAUACCAAGUAUUACUGGACAAGCGACCCGUCCGCACACCCAACAAGGAUAUUCUCUCCAUCCCCGCCACAAAACCCCACCUCGCUCACGCCGUCGCUCUCGAAUGGGACGUCAUGACCUCCGCCCAACACGCCCUCAAAUCCCACCUCAUCCCACUCACUUCUCUCGCCGCCCGCGCAGCCGACAUUGUCCGUGAAGACGCCGCCGGCGAACGCACCACCCGCGACCAGAUCGUCACCACGGCCAUGCGCUACCUCGACACAGACAGCCUGCUCUGCUGGGAGCCCGAGCGCCAGCGCAACGCGCUCGACCGGGUCGGCGAGACCGGCAGCGUCGAAAGCCUCCGCAAUAUCCAAAUGCGCGUCGCCAAGGAGAUCAUGGCCUUUUUGUCGACCAAAGUCUGGCCCAGUCUCGAGAUCGUGCCGAUUCUGGACACGGAGAGCAUCAUGCCCGUUUCUCAGCCGCGGGGGACGCAGGAGAGCAUCCGGGCGUGGCUGUAUGAGCUGAAUGCGCAUGAUCUGGCGGGGGUGGAGCGGGCGAUCCUGGCGUCGAAGAGUCUGCUGGUGGCGGUGCGGUUGAUGGUGGAAUGGAGUGAGAAUUUCCGCCAUCUGCAACGGCAGGGGGUGAAGAAGUUUGGGUUGGAGGAGGCGACGGAGGCGGCCAAUUUGGAGGUCCAGUGGCAAACCGAUAUGUGGGGGGAGGUUGAAGACACCCACGAUGUGGACAAGGAGGAUUUGCGACGACAAUUGGGCAGUGUGGUGAUUUUGGUGAGUGGGGAGACUCGAUAG